AUGUCACCCGCAACAUUUGCGCCCGCGGGCUUGAACAAGAUCGCGGCGACGACGAGCGAAAUCUGGCCUUCGGUGGCAGCGAAGUUGAGAACAGUCUCGAAGGGUGUAGUUGGCGCUAGGCAGCAGAGAGGCGCUGGGAGAAGGCACGAGACACCAGGACAAGAGAAGGAUAUACAUAUACUACGGAAUCAUAUCAAAACCGCCAACACGACGGGAUAUAUGGCAUCUGUUCCGCUGCACGUCCUCCGCCCACACUCAAUAGUGCCGAGUGGAUUGCAGGGUGACUUCUCCGCCACUUCGAUGCUCUCCGCCAUGCCACGAGGCACAUUACGAUAUGCAACUCCACUUCGCACUUUCUCUUCGUUCUCACCGAUCUCGCGAUCUUUCUCUACAGCCACUCGACCUGGGCCCCUCAUGAUCCGCGCACAGCCCAAGACCAGCUUCGUCGGCUUCUACCAGCAGCGAACACUUUUCGGCACUUCCUGGGGCUCGUCGAACAACUCUAACAGUAAUCGAAACAUUCUUGCACAUAUGGAACAAACGGCCAAUAAUAACCCGGGCAGUGCGACUGCACAGAAUGCCUUCUAUCAGGCACUUUUGAGGGCCAACAUGCCCGAGAUUGUUGUGGAACGCUAUCAAACCGGUCGAUACGCCUCGAACGCCGUCGUCGAGCAAGCCUAUCACCGCGCACUUGAGCGGAUUGGUGCCGCAGAAGUUGGCAACAUGGGCGUUGGAAGCAUGACCGGGAGAACACCAGGCGGUCAGAGCAACCAGAUGAGCAACGAGCAACUCCAGGCUAUUGGACAGGCAGUUUCUGCGAAAACCCAUGGCGGUAAUGUUAGCAUAUCCAAGCCAGGCUCUGGCGGGAAGAGCGAGCCACUUUACGUUGUCGUGGACGAAAGCUUGGGCAGUACCAUCUUCAAGUGGGUCAAGUUCUUGGUCAUCUUCGGCUUUAUCGCAUACGCUUCUCUGGUAGUCUUCACACUGCUGAUAGAAGCAACGGGUGUACUCAAGAAGGUGAGUGGAGCGCAGAAUGCCGAAGCAAAGCCUGAGCUCCAGACUACCCGGUUCAGCGACGUUCACGGCUGCGAUGAAGCGAAGGAGGAAUUGCAAGAGCUCGUGGAGUUUUUGAAAGCACCGGAAAAGUUCAGCACGCUAGGUGGCAAGCUGCCAAAAGGAGUGCUUUUGGUUGGACCCCCCGGUACCGGCAAGACAUUGUUGGCUCGGGCUGUUGCCGGAGAAGCUGGAGUUCCCUUCUUUUACAUGUCCGGAUCCGAGUUUGACGAGGUAUACGUUGGUGUUGGAGCCAAGCGUGUCCGCGAUCUUUUCAAUGCGGCAAGAGCGAAGAGCCCGGCCAUCAUUUUUAUCGAUGAGUUGGAUGCUAUUGGCAGCAAGCGACACGAAAGAGAUGCAGCCUACGCCAAGCAAACCCUCAACCAGCUUCUCACUGAGCUCGAUGGAUUCGACCAAGGCUCUAACGUCAUUGUCAUGGGCGCGACCAAUUUCCCGCAAUCUCUCGACAAGGCUCUCACUCGACCUGGACGAUUUGAUCGUAACGUGACUGUACCACUCCCAGAUGUGCGAGGCCGCAUUGCCAUUCUCAAACACCACCUGAAAAACAUCCGUAUCGACGCCGCUGUCGACCCGGCGGUCAUUGCUCGAGGAUGCCCCGGGUUCUCUGGUGCUGAGUUGGAGAACGUGGUCAAUCAAGCUGCUGUCCGUGCGUCUAAAAACAAGGCACAGAAGGUCACAAUUGAGGAUCUUGUGUGGGCGAAGGACAAGAUCAUGAUGGGUGCCGAGAGAAAAAGCGCCAUCAUUCAACAAAAGGAUAAAGUCAUGACUGCUUAUCACGAGGGAGGCCACGCACUCGUCGCUUUGAUGACCGAGGCGUCUACGCCAUUAUACAAGGCCACCAUCAUGCCCCGCGGACAUGCUCUUGGAAUUACAUUCAUGCUGCCGGAGAUCGACAAAGUCAGCGAGUCCAAGAAAGAACUGAUGGCACAAAUUGAUGUUGCAAUGGGAGGCAAAGUUGCGGAAGAGCUGGUGUAUGGUGCAGAGAAUGUCACCACUGGAGCAAGCUCAGAUAUCACAAACGCAACUCGGUUGGCGUACUACAUGGUUACGAGAGCAGGCAUGUCAGACAAGCUGGGAAAUGUCGAUUUGGAAACAGAGUAUAACCGACUUUCCAGCGAGACGAAGCAACAGAUUGAGAACGAGGUGCGGAGACUGGUAGAAGACGGCAGAGAACGUGCGACAAAGCUUCUCACAACUAACCGAGAAGGGUUGGAGCGUCUUGCCAAGGCACUAGUAGAGUACGAGACCUUGAGCAAGGAGGAGAUCGAGAAGGUCGUCAAGGGCGAGUCGCUGCCAGACAAGCUGAAAGUCGACGUCGACACACCUGUCAAGAUGCCUGAGCCAGGCAAAACUCUACCACCGCCGCCUCCCAUCCAAAUUCCACCUCUGGGAUCGCCGGGUGGAGGCUCUCCAAGCCCAGGGGGUAGUGAUGGACAGCCUGUCGGCGGAAGCCCAUAG